UUUUGUGAGUGUUUAUUCGACAGUAGACCAACACAUAGGCUUGUUACCGUGUUGUACCCUUUUAUCAUGGAUUUUGCGUGAUAUUUAGUCUCGGGGAUAUUUUGUCGGAGGAUCAAAAAUCCUGAUACUCAAAUUAAUUCAUCAAAAAAAACUUACUUGAAUUUCUUUUUUCCCUCCAUCAAAAUUUUCACAAAAACACACCGUCUCCAUUCUUGAAUUUUCGUUUGUCAAUUUUUCCUUCACAUUCAAAAAUUUAUUUCCAAAAUUCUCCGGAUCAAAUUCCGCCUGAAAGAUCAUUUUAUAAUUUAUUCAAAAUUUUUCACGUCUAAAAAAAACAAACUUGAAGUUAGCCUCAAAAAACUGCGACAAAAUUCAGUUCAAUAAAACCUUUCGGCUCAAAAUUUCUUCCAAUGGACAAAUCUGUUUGUGGAUGUGAUCAACCAAAACUUGUACCUUCUCAAUAUUACCAAGAAGUCGGUGCAGAAUUGUUGGGGAAUAAAAUCCGGGUCAGAAUUGAGCGGGACAAGAACAAAUUGUCCAAAUUAAAAAAAUUGAAGGAAAAGUCUAAAGAAUGGGACCCGCCGUGUGUUUGCUUAGAAGUAAAUAACCCCAAGCCUCCCAAAGAACCUCGCAUCCAAGGACCCAAAAUUAUAAAUGUUGGAGAUAGCGAAAUAAUAUUCCGCUUGAAUUCGCGCUGCCGUUUGUCCUGCGAAGAUCAAAAUUAUUCUUCUCAGUUGGUUUCUUCUGGUGAUAAUUUUAAAUUGGCCAUUUCAAAGCCUAAAAAGCAGGAUGAUAAAAUUCAAGUGUUUUCACGAUUGGAUCACCUUGAUAAGCAUGACGUUUAUCAAGACCACGCGACAGUUAUUUACCCCAAAAUUAAAGUUUUUACUGCUCCGCCUCCUUCUCUGUCGCCCCCUGCGGCCAUUUCGCCGGCUGUUGUGCCUCCAGCGCCACCUGAAGUUAAAUUACCUGAAGUAGAAGUGAUAAAACCUGAAAAAAAAUAUACAUGUAAUCAUAACGAUGACGAUGAUGACCUCAACAUUGAGAAUACGGCCAACAAUUCUCAAGAGACUUUAGCUAAAAGAGCUACUGUACCCAACACCGACUACCGAAAGGAAUGA